GGAAGAGAGAGGGAGUGGAACAAAGAGAGAUAAAUGGGAUGGUGUUGAAGGCGGGGACACCACAGCCACAAACCUGCAUCCCACGCACCUGCCUGCUCUUCUGCCACCCGAGCACCCUGACGGUGCCAUCCUGUAGGCCAUGGAGAAUGAGCUGCCAGCCCCCCACACAUCUAGCAGCGCCAGUGUCGCCAGCAGUACCAGCGGGGUCAGUAGCAGCAGCGGUGGUGGAAGUGGCCGCCCCACGGGGCCCCAGAUCUCUGUGUACAGUGGCAUUCCUGACCGGCAGACGGUGCAGGUGAUCCAGCAGGCCCUGCACAGGCAGCCCAGCACCGCGGCCCAGUACCUGCAGCAGAUGUACGCGGCCCAGCAGCAGCACCUCAUGCUGCAGACCGCAGCCCUGCAGCAGCAGCACCUGAGCAGCGCCCAGCUCCAGAGCCUGGCAGCUGUGCAGCAGGCAAGCCUGGUGGCCAACAGACAGGGGAGCACCUCAGGAAGCAGCGUGUCUGCACAGGCCCCGGCCCCAGCGUCCUCGAUCAACCUGGCAGCCUCCCCAGCUGCAGCCCAGCUCAUCAACCGGGCUCAGAGUGUCAACUCAGCCGCAGCCUCGGGCAUCGCCCAGCAGGCUGUGCUCUUGGGCAACACGUCUUCUCCCGCCCUGACCGCAAGCCAAGCACAGAUGUAUCUGCGAGCACAGAUGCUCAUCUUCACGCCCACGGCCACCGUCGCUACUGUGCAGCCUGAGCUCGGCACUGGCUCCCCCGCCCGGCCCCCCACCCCCGCCCAGGUUCAGAACUUGACCCUCCGAACACAGCAGACACCAACUGCAGCAGCCUCGGGCCCUACCCCCACUCAGCCCGUCCUGCCCAGCUUGGCCCUGAAACCCACGCCAGGUGGCAGCCAGCCUCUGCCUACCCCAUCACAGGGCAGAAACACUGCUCAGGGUUCCCCUGCAGGUGCCAAGCCUGGCACCACUGACAGUGUGACGGAGCCACUCAAGAAAGUAGAGGGCAACGGCAGUGUGCCAGGGAGCUCGGAGGGCCGGGCUGGGCUCAGCCGGAUGGUGCCUGCUGUGGCAACCCACCCCCUCAUUGCACCAGCCUAUGCUCAGCUGCAGCCACACCAGCUCCUCCCCCAGCCAUCCUCAAAGCACCUGCAGCCCCAGUUUGUGAUCCAGCAGCAGCAACAGCAACCAUCACAGCAGCAGCCGCCGCCCCAGCCAUCACGGCCAGGGCUCCAAGCCCAGUCCCACCCCCAGCUCACCUCAGUCCCUCCGAGCCUGGCCCUGCAGCCUAGCCCCGAGGCCCAUGCCAUGCCGCUAGGCCCGGUCUCAUCCACUCUGCCUCUCCAGUGCCCCAGUGGUAACCUGCACAAGCCUGGCAGCACUCAGCAGUGCCACCCUCUGACGCCAGACACUGGGCCUCACAAUGGAUAUCCUGAGGGCCUGUCCCACACCCCACAACGCAGGUUCCAGCACGCCUCGGCUGUGAUCUUACAACUCCAACCUGCCUCGCCAGUGCCCCAGCAGUGCACCCUUGAUGACUGGAAGGAAGUGGGAACCGCUGAGAAGAGUGGGCCUGAGACUCGGUCUGGUCCAUCACCGCAUCAGCAAGCCAUCAUCACUGCCACGCCAGGUGGCCUGCCUGUACCCAAGAGCCCUAAUGUCCAGCAGUCCCCAGCUCAUGAGACAGGGCAGGGCAUUGUUCAUGCACUGACCGACCUCAGCAGCCCCGGCAUGACCUCAGGGAACGGAAACUCUGCCUCCAGCAUCACCGGCACUGCCCCCCAGAAUGGUGAGAAUAAACCACCACAGGCCAUUGUGAAACCCCAAAUCCUGACGCAUGUUAUCGAAGGGUUUGUGAUCCAGGAGGGGGCGGAGCCUUUCCCGGUGGGACGCUCGUCCCUGCUGGUGGGGAAUCUCAAGAAGAAGUAUGCACAGGGGUUCUUGCCUGAGAAACUUCCGCAGCAGGACCAUACCACCACCACUGACUCAGAGAUGGAGGAGCCCUAUCUGCAAGAAUCCAAAGAGGAGGGUACUCCCCUCAAACUCAAGUGUGAGCUCUGUGGCCGGGUGGACUUUGCCUACAAGUUCAAGCGUUCCAAGCGCUUCUGUUCCAUGGCCUGUGCAAAAAGGUACAAUGUGGGAUGCACCAAACGAGUGGGCCUUUUCCACUCGGACCGGAGCAAGCUGCAGAAGGCGGGAGCCACGACCCACAACCGCCGUCGGGCCAGCAAAACCAGCCUGCCGACCCUCACCAAGGAUACCAAGAAGCAGCCUACAGGCACUGUACCCCUUUCAGUUACUGCUGCAUUGCAGCUAACACACAGCCAGGAAGACUCCAGCCGUUGCUCAGAUAACUCAAGCUAUGAGGAACCCUUGUCACCCAUCUCAGCCAGCUCAUCCACCUCCCGCCGGCGACAAGGCCAGCGGGACCUGGAGCUCCCUGACAUGCACAUGCGGGACCUGGUGGGCAUGGGACACCACUUCCUGCCAAGUGAGCCCACCAAAUGGAACGUGGAGGAUGUCUAUGAAUUCAUCCGCUCUCUGCCAGGCAAAUUACCCUCACCCCCACCCAAGUCCCCACGAGUCUCGUCCCAUUGCAGAAGUGGUUUGAAGUCCAGGAUCUCAUCCACUAACUCAGGUCCAGGCACAGAUGAGGCUCUUGAGUCCAGCUCCUCAAGUAUGACUCCUCUGAAUCUGAAGACUUGAGAGCGAGGAACAGGUUAUCCAUUCCCUCCAUAAGCCCAGGAUAUGGUGGGACAGGCACAGGGGAACCACAGUAGACACGCCCAGUCAAGAAGGGCCAACACGGGGGGCUGUGGGAGUCACUGAUCCCUACCAGGGCACGUGUUGGCCUUGCCUUGGCUGGGACUCAAAGCCUGGAGUGAUUCUCUUUCACUCUUGGCUCCACCCUGAGUCAUACUUCCUUUGCUCUUAAAGGUAGCCUGGGUUUUCAGUGCUGCUUUUGUUCUGUAUGACCUCUGACCCUUUCAGUCCAAGUGAGCAGUGUUUCUGCAAAUACUGUUCUCUUAAAAUCUUCGUGGGCUUUUUAUAAAUAUUGUUGGGGUUCACUCCAUUAGACAAGAACCAUAUCCAAAAAUGUCUUCAGGACAUGCCUUUCUCUACAUUAGGCUGCUUCUGAAGCUGAGGGUCAGUACCCUGAAUGGUCUUAGGAGCCGGGCUGUUGAAUGGAGCUCUGCGAGGCACACCCAUAAAGCCCCCAGGGAGCCCUGUGACCCAGCAGCUCUCUGGGGCAGCACCUUAGAGCUUUCUGAGGACUUAACACAAGGUUUAAGUCACACCCUCAGUUUCAUUUUUACACUAUAUUUUCUCUACUGUGUCCUCGAUCUGGUCUUUGCCUAGAAACCGUUUCUCAGUUUUAGCAUCGUCUGCAUCUGGAGAGGCUGAGGAUUUUCAAAACCACAAAUCCAGGCUGCUUUGUGUUCCAGUUUUCCUCAGCCUCGUCCGUCCUCACAUUUUCCCGCAGCCACAGUGGGAAGCCGGGCAGCACCUGGCUUUCUGCCUGGGGUCUCCUUGGCUGGAGCACUGGGUUCAGGAGGUGUCUCACUCUUACCAGAUUAACGCCAGCAACAGUGUUGCUCAAUUUUCUAUUUCAUAACAGGGAUCCCAUUUCUUCCAGUUUCCAGUAACACUUUCCUCACUUUAAGCCUGUCCAGCAGUUUCCUCAAAGGCCGUCAGAUGUCUCCUCAGUCUCUCAGGGCACCUCAGAUGUUCACUGACACUCUCCUCAGAGUUCUCCAGCCCCUACCCCAUGCCACACCCACAUUGUUCAGGUUUGGGUGUGACAGCACCCCUCUCCCAGGUACCAGAAUAUGCAUCAGUCAUCUGCUGCUGUGAAACAGAUCACCCCAAAGCUUAGUGGCUUAAAACAAUAAUGACUUCUUAUCUCGGGUUUUGUGGGGCAUUUCUGGCUCAGAGUCUCUUACAGGGUCUGUGUCACAGUGGCAACCAGAGCUGCAGUUAUCAGGGCUGGGACUGGAGGAGCCCCUUCCAAGGGGCUGCACUCACAUAGCCCCAGGGGCUGGCUGUGGGCAAGAGGGCUGCUUGAGUGUCCUCACGGCAUGGUGGCUGGCUCACUCCAAAACAAAUUAUCUGAAAGACCGGGGUGAAGCUGCUGUGCCCUUGAUGAUGUAGCCUAGGAAAUCCUGCACUGUCACUUCCGCAACACCUGCGACCUCCCGGGUCAGCCCGGUUCACUGAACGGGUGGGAACAGGCACACACCUGAACGAGGAGGCGUGGGUCACAGGACCACCGUGGAGUCUGGCUGCCUUGGGUCAGUCAGUCGGCCUCUCUCAGGCUGUAAAGUUAGAACAGCAACACCUUCCUCAAGGUGCGGUCACGAGGCUCAAGUGAGAAGACGCCCCUGAAGGGUGGUGGCUGCCGAGUUUGACUAACCGAUCCUGUCUCUGGUGGCAUCC